AUGGGCAAGGUCAAGCGUAGGGUUGCGGUGAUUGGUGCUGGUCCUGCUGGAGCCAUUGUUACAGAUGCGCUUGCCAAAGAGGGUGUAUUUGAGACCAUUCGAGUUUUUGAAAGGCGACACGUAGUUGGAGGUACUUGGGUAUUGACACGCAACAAGGAUGAAGUUCCGCGUAUCCCAUCUCUUCAGGCUCUUCUUGAGGGGCGUGCGGACCUUCCUAUACCCAUCCCAGCUAUCCUACCUUCGGAAACUGCGAAGGAUGAACGUAUCAACUCACACCAGUCACGGUUCUCGGAUUCUGGAGCUCAUGAGCAUCUGCAUAGCAACUUGCCACCUGAAAUCAUGUGUUUCUCUAAUGAGCCUAUUCCCACAUUACUUUCGGAACGAACGCGAGCAGAGUUUGGCGAAGGAGCUCCGUUUCGGCAUAGAGAAGUUAUGCGAGAAUGGGUGCAGGCUAUCUUCAACCGAGGAGGACAUGAGAACCUCGUUGAGCACGAUACAACGGUCGAGCUUGCAGAGAAAAAAGGCGAAGAAUGGAUCCUGACAAUGCGUAAAUCGGAAUCAGAACACCACCAGGACCGUUGGUGGCAGGAGACAUUUGAUGCUAUAACCGUGGCUACUGGACAUUACUAUGUGCCGUUUGUGCCACGAAUUCCCGGCCUUAUCGAGUGGGAGGAGAAGUUCCCUGGAAGUAUACAGCAUAGUAAACACUACGUGGACGCUUCGCAAUAUCGUAACAAGCGAGUAAUCAUUGUGGGCGGUUCAGUAUCGGCGCUCGAUGCUCUGCACGAUAUCCGUAAAGCAUCGAAGCUGCCUAUCAUCUCAUCCUUGCGCGAAUCAUCCCAAGUCUUUGGCGAUGCGCCCUUCAUGCAUCCAGACAUAAUGAAACGACCCUCCAUUGCCGCCUUCGACCCGGACACGGGUAGGAUAACAUUUGCAGACGGAUCGUAUGUCGAUGAUAUUGACGUGGUGCUAUUCGCAACCGGGUACGAGUUUAGCUUCCCUUUUCUGCCUCAGGUCAAGCCUAGGAAUGGCCGUGUGCCGGGCUUAUAUCAGCACGUGUUCCUUGCGAAUGAUCCGAGUUUGGCACUGGUUGGCAUGGUGACAGGCUCUUUUGGGCUCAGGAUCUUUGAGUGGCAGGCUGUGUCUGCAGCGCGUGUCUUUGCAGGCCGAGCAAAAUUGCCAACGUACGAAGAGAUGAGGGCAUGGGAACAACUCCGGCUCGAGGAGCGCGGCGAUGGGCCUUCAUUCUGGGCAUUGAUGCCGGAUUUCGAAAGAUACUUUGAAGACUUGCGAGCAAUUGCUGGUGAGCCUGCUCUAGGGACUGCAGGAAGAGUGCUUCCCAGGUAUGAUCCGGCAUGGGAAGAUACUUUGUGGCGGUUUGUGGACUACCGCAUCCAGCUAUGGCAGAAGGAGGCUGCUAAGGCGGAAGCAACGCGUAGGCAGCAGCAGCCGUAG